UGAGGAUGAUGAUUACCUUGUUUCACUUUUUUUCCGGAUUCUCUUCUCAAUUGCGUAUAUAUAUAAAAGACUUGAUUUCUGUUCAAUUUUGAUCAUUCUUUAGUUUCAAAUCAGUCUGAAUUUUUGGUUCACUUUUUUGUUAUCAUUAUUGGUUAUUACAGUUACCAAAUUUAUCUCCUUGUUUCUCUUGUUAUCCAAUUAAAGUGACCAAAAAUGCAUAUCAAAUAUCUUUUAAUUGCUUGUGUUCUCAUCUUUGCUCGAGCUUCCCUUGCCUCUGAGUCUGCAAGACGAAAAUCAGAAGAUGAAAUGUCAGAUAAUGCUCUCAGUUAUGACCAUAAGGAUGUUUCCAAUCGAUCAGGUUUCAUGUCACUUAUUCAAGAUGCCACAGUUCCAACUUUUCUCGUCAUGGGUUUAGCAACAAUAGCUGCUGCUCUUAGUAGUUCCAAGACUGAAGGUAAAUUACGUGUAAGACGAUCACCAACAACUAACUGGUCAAAUAAUUUGCUCAAAAUUCUGGGUAAUGUACAAAAAGCUGUGGAAAAAUAUCAACAAUUGGAAAAUGAAAUUGCCAAUGAACUUGAUGAUGAUAUGGUUCGUGAUUUCUCUCCUAAACCAACAGAAUAAAUUUGGUUUAACGUUCUCGUUAUCUAAAUAUCAUUACUCAACACUUUCAUCAUUGCCAUAAAAAGUUUUUUUAUACAUAAUCAUUUAUUUAUUACUAUUGAACGUUUAUAUUUUAAAUAAAUUGAAUUGUU